AUGCAGCCUACAGAAAUCCUCGCCAUCUUGGCAGGAACUUAUCAGCUCCUGAACACGUCUGCUACACGGGAUGGAGUGACUGUCCCGGACCGAACAUACGGCUCCAACCCUGUUGGCAUCCUAUCCUACAGCAAGUCCGGCUUCAUGUCUGCAACUAUCACAUCAACAAACCCCGAAGAUCGACCUGCCAACUUGACAUUCCCCUUCGAAGAUUCACAAUCAGACGCCGACUGGGCCCUUGUCGGCAAGCACAGCAUCGGCUACGCAGGGCCACUCCGAAUCAGCGAUGCGAUCCCCGCGAAUGCAACCUUUGGCCAAGUCCUGCACGGGCCCUUGACGGUAGCCAACGUUCCGUCCAUGGCUGGAGGCAGCCAAGCGCGCAAUUACACACUCUACGAAGAUGGGAAGAUCUUGCGCAUCUCAACACAAAGAGAUGGCGGGAAUCGUGGAGAGCUCUGGUGGAAGAGACUAGACUAG